CAGCAGCGACUCGAUGAACUCAAUGGCCGUGGUGGAGAAAUUAAUCCAGAGCGUGUACGCGUACCCGGUGCUGUAUAACGUGUCGUUUCACGAUUACCGGAGCUCAGAGAGGAGGGCGAAAGCGUGGCGGGAGGUCGCCGCGUCUGUCGGGCUCUCCGUGGUGGAAUGCAAAAGAAGAUGGAAGACUAUAAGGGACAGGUACAUCAGAGAGAGGCGACUGUGCAAACUCGGAAAGGAACAAGGUGGCCGUCGCCUGCACUUCUGGCCUCACAGAGAAGCCCUCUCAUUUCUGGAUGCUCACAUCAGAAAGAGAAAGCGUCACAAUGACGCAGAAGGUCCAGAUGAGCUGGAUGAGGGCGCCGGAAGCGGUCAGGACUCACACGAUGAGUCGCUCGACGAGUCCAGCGGUGGCGAUUCAAAGCCUCUCGAGUCGAGUCUGAAAAAGUCAAAGGCUGCCGAUUCGAAGUCUGAAGGGCCAAAGCGAAGCAAACCGAAGUCAGAAGACACGAAGGAUUUCAUGUCAAAUAUCCCGGAGACAAAGCCUUUGAUGUCUCCUCAGCUCAAACCCAAUAUUACAGCUCAGUUAAAUCCACUGUCACAGCUGCCCCUGUCUAUUGUGACCCAGCUCGCCCCCAUCAAACAGGUCCCGCAGAUGACCCAACUCGUCCCUUUGGUCACCGGUCUGCCUCCCGGGCUGAAGGUCUCGCCAGCUUCGGCUUCACCUUCACAGCAAAUCCCCAUCAAAACGAACACUGCUCCCGCUCUGCUCGCAGCAAACAUCAACGGAAAGAUGGCAGAGAAAGAGCCAGCCUCCCAAAAACCAGCUCUUGACAGAGCUCUAGAUGAAGACGAGCUGUUUCUCUUGAGUUACGUCCCCGCCCUGAAACGACUGACGCCGCAGAAGAGAGCCGCCGUUAAAAUGAAGAUCCAGCAGCUCAUGUUUGAUGCUGAAUUCAAAGAUGAGUGAACCCUUGUGUUUUUCCAGCCUCUUUCAGAAAGUCGGGCAUUUUUUCCCUUUCCCAUCAAACAGAAAAAGGUGUAUCUUCUAAAAAAUACUUCUCUUCGUCUUUUAUAAUGAAAUCGUUCAUGAAAUGCUUUAUUUCUGUUGAUAUUUGAAUGCAGCAACUACAGUAUUCAUUUGGUGCGUUUAAGUGCUUGUCUUGGUUUUGUUUUAUUCUUUAUUGGUUAACACACCCCGUUUUGUAAAACAAUGCGAAAUGUCUUGACGCAAACAGCUACUUCAUGCAUUUAUGUCAGUUUUUGACAUUUUCAUGGAAAGCGUGGAUGUACAAUACUGCUGAAAAGUAAAAGGCAAACAGAAAACUGAACGAAGUAGUCCUGUUAUCUUUUAUUAAGAAACAUUGUUGAUUCAUAAAAAAUGUUUCAUUAAAGUGAAUUCACCCAAAAAUUACUUUUAAUUCAUGUAUACAUUUAUACAUUAUUAUUAAUGUAUAAAUUACUUUGUUUGUUCUGAUGAACACAGAGAAAGAUAUUC